AGGAUCAAUCCGCACCUUUUCGUAUUCACGUUCCACACGUGUCGUUACGUUUGCCAUGUUGAAGGACUCGUCGAUGACUUGUAUUAUAUUCAUCCGUAUUUUCAUGUAAACUCACUGGCGAAGUCAACUUAAAAAUGAAGCCCUACUUGAACGGAAAAGAGGACAAGGAUCGUGAGUGUCUGGAACAGGUUUUGGAUACGUUAUACGACUUUGGAAGUGGAGCCAUGAAAAAAAAGAAAAAACAAAAAAGAUGCGAGCCCGAAGCUGUUCCUGAAGUUGUCUGCAGCGUCAAUGAAGCCCAAGGAGGAGAACAAGAGCCCACAAAGAUGACUGUCCAGAAUCAAAGUCCAGCUGUGAAGCCGGUGAAACAGGUGGAGGUGGUGAGCUUCCAGGACCCCGCCAAGAGACAAAAGAAGACCAAACAAAUGCCCGCAGUCGGUGAAACACGUCCGCUGGACACACCGGACAAGAAGCAGAGCGCUCCGAAACAAGAUCUCAGUUUGGAGAAGGCUCGACUGGAGGUGCAUCGCUUCGGCAUCACGGGCUACAAAAAGGAGCGGCAGCGAGUCUUUGAGGGGGAGCGAGCCAUCAUGUUGGGCGCCCGACCUCCCAAGAAAGAUUAUUUGAACUACAAGGUGCUGCAGCAGCAAAUCAAAGAGAAGAAGGAGAAGGCGAAGGAGGAGGUGCAGCCGGACCUGAAAAAAAAAAAGAUUCCAAGGGACAACAACAAGAUGAAGAAGACGACGGCGACGUCGGGCUCGUCCUCGGCACCCACGGGUCAGGUGGGCCGCUUCAAGAACGGCAUGUUGAUCCUCAGCCCCAAGGAGAUCCAGACCAUCAAGAGCACGAUGCGACGCAAAUGAGGUUGGUAUUGUUCCGCGGGCGGUCCGCUCUUGCAGAGGGACGGAUGUGUCAUCGGGGGACACAUCAACAUUGGAUUCACUUAGUGGGAUAAAAAAAAAAAAUGCUUGCCGUGCGGACUCCUUACUUAAGUAAUACACACUAACUACAAGUCAUCAGAACUACAACGGAACCCUCGAAAGUCAGAUUAUUUACAUUUAUGGAUUUAGAAAAUAUGAAAAAGUAAAACCAGUGUUGAAAUCAUCGUGCGUGACAUCAACAAAUGUCACGAGUUUUCUGCUCAUUACAGUAUGUAAUAUGCAUCAGCUUGUUUUUGUUCCCUCUGCCCUGACGCGUCGCCAAUGGGUGCGUCAUUUAUUAUCCGGCGGUGAACUUCUCUUUCCACUAGUGUGACAUUUGGGAAUGGUUAAAAUGUCACUGAGAACAAGAGUUCAUAAAGGUUUUAUGAUGGAUCUGGAACAGUUGAAUUCACUUUGCGUGGUUUACCCUACGCGGCAAAGUGUUCAUGGGUCAAUGACUUAUGCUUUAUUUGGAUGGUACAAUGUGGACGAUGAGGAAACUAGCGGACACGCGUCUUUACUGCAAAUGGAGGAUACAAGUGUCGCAAACAAACAAAAGUGGACAUAAACGAGACUGCGGAAGAAUCGUCAUUCCCUGGCGGCUUGCUAACGUUCCACCUCUACCUUGGACGCGAAUGCACCACACUGGACUCUUCCUUUGUCUUGAUUUCAUCGCAGGUUAUUUAUUUGUCUUUUCAUAAACAACCCAAAAGAAAU